CCCUCUGCACUGCUGUGGGACUCUUGCCGCGUCACUGGGAUGCGGUCGCCGGAGCCGGGCGUCUAGCCUCCCAUAUUCCCUCAUAUGCCCACCACCGAGAGGGACCAGUCACCGUUUUCCUCCACGCCAGCGAAGAUGACGGCCCCGUCGAAUCAAACCCACGCAGCGCCGCAGCAACAGCGCUUCCUCGUGUUCUUCGACUUCGACGAGACCAUCAUCAACGAGAGCAGCGACGACGCUGUGGUGCGCGCCCUACCGGGUCAGCAGCUUCCUGAUUGGCUGAGAAGCAGCUACAGGGAGGGCCACUACAACGAGCACAUGCAGAAGGUCUUGGUGUAUAUGGCGGAGCAGGGCGUGUCUGAGGACUCCAUCCAUUCGGCGCUGGAGAAGAUCCCGCCCGCGCCUGGCCUCCCGGCCCUCUUCCAGUAUCUGCAGGGCAAUCGGCAGGACUUUGAGCUGGCGGUGGCCUCCGACGCCAACAUGUACUUCAUCGAGACCUGGCUGGAGCGCGCCGGGGUGCGCCACCUUUUCACCAAGAUUUUCACAAACCCGGCAAGUUUUGACGCAACUGGCCGCCUAGUUCUGCUCCCCUUCCACUCCCACUCGUGCUCCCGUUGCCCCAACAACAUGUGCAAGCAGGUGAUCCUCCGGGAGUAUCUGGCGGGCCGGCAAAAGGAGCGCGGCGGUGCUCCCUUUCAGAGGGUGUUCUAUAUCGGAGAUGGGGCCAAUGAUAUCUGUCCCUCUCUGGCUCUGGGGCCCCGAGACGCAGCCUUCCCGAGGAGGGACUUCCCCAUGCACAGGCUGCUGCUGGAGAUGUCCCAGGGUGCCAAGAUCAAGGCAAACAUAGUGCCUUGGGUCAGCGGCGAGGACAUAGUGGACAGCCUGAAGAAAAUAGUGGAGGAGAGAUGAGGCGUGUUCCUUACUUUAAGCUACUUUUGGGGACAUAUUUCUAUUAAAGGACAGUUGGUUGGGGACUGUUUGUAUGAUUGGGAACCAAAAGCUGUAUUCACAUUUGGGAAAAAGAUGAGUUUUGGUUCAGUGUUUAACCCUCCUGUUGCCUUCGGGUCAAUUUGACCCGAUUCAAUGUUUAACCCUCCUGUUACCUUUAUAUUUACUGACAUAUUUUACCCUUGGGGUCAAUUUGACCCCAGCUAUUAAAAUCUCCAGAAAAUUAUUAGAAUUAAUAUUGUUUUCCAGGUUUAAGUGUGAGGUACUUUAUGUUUGUUUGUUGACUACCGAAAGAACACCGACAUUAAACAUUUAAUCGGGUCAAAUUGACCCGAAGGCGGCAGGAAGGUUAAGGUCAAGGUAAGGCGUGAGGUUUGGGCAAGUCGUGGUGAGUGUGAGGAUGAGAUUCCAGGACAAAAAUGUAAGUCAAUGUCCCCAAAAGUGAUCUAAGUAAAAGUGCGUUUGUGUGUGUGUGUGUGUAGAAGAGAGAGUGAACGAGAGGAAAAUAUAGCAACGGUGCACCAACUCGUCUGUGUGAGCUGCAGGAUAUGCAUGAUUUUACCACAGCAACACUUGGCACAAUAUAGUGUGCGUUUAUUUGAAUCACCUGUUUUUAAAAUGAAUAGUUUUUGAAGAGAAAUGGGUUUUGCAAUCGACUUUCUUGCGAAGUUAGAUAUUGUGACGUCUGCGCCAUACAUAUGCGGCUGAUGUCAGCGGCUGGUUAGUUUAGCCGCGCGCAAAGACUUCAAAUCGGAGGAAGCAGCUCGCCGUUUCUCCUCGUUUCCGGUCUUAAUGCUAAGCUAAGAUACCCAGCAGCGUAUUUUCGGUAGACACGAGAGAGUGUUAUAGGUCUUCUCAUCUAACUCGCUGCAAGAUGUGAUUAAGUGUCAUUUAAAAAAUGUAAAAACUAUACCUUUAAUGCUAGCCUAAACACCUAUUCUAAUGCUAAGUAAUAGGUUUUAGAAUAGAGUAGAACCCGAUUCCCAUUUGAAUGCAAAUGAAUUCGCUUUUUCUGUACAAGAUAAUCACGAUCAAUAAUGGAGACGCGCAAAAUACGGUGUACGUUGUGUUUUUUGAGUCGAUCUUAACCAAAGUUGUGUCUAGUGUGCUCCGGAGUGAGCUAAAUGAAAUGCAAUCAGCUCAUUUAACACACACACACACACACCUGUAAUUUCAUUUACAUUUGACUAUCUCACUGUAUGUGACAUUUCUGGGAAAUCCGAGCUGUGGAAAUGUGUGUCACGGGCGUCGAGAUUUUCGCGAGCGACAGCAACAGCUUGAAGAUACACUCCACUCUCGGGGCUCUCUUGUGUUGACAGGCGUGUUAUUAUUUUUUUGAAACACUUGACAAUGCAUUCAAGGACCUCGCCGACUGACACGUGAAGCGGGAUCAGGUGUCGUAGCACCGCGCGGGACAAAAGUCCACACGUGUCGAACAGGGCGGCGCAGAGCAGAGAUAAGGUGUCAGAAACCCGCGCACACUCGCUGUGCUCUCUCCACCACUCAAUACUGAUACCUAAUCUAGGGCUUGAUUAUACAACAGUAAUCUACACCAUCAUGAGAUUUAAAGGGAACGCUGUAGCCAUCCGCUUGCACUUUGGUACAGCACUAUCCCCUGUGACUGAAGCAAGGAGAACAAGUCGAAUGCAAAGGGAUUUAAUUGAAGAUUUUUUUUAUUUGUGUCGAUAUUCUAAGCGAGCAUUCGCUGUACUUGUACCCCUUUUGAAACUCACAGUGACGAUUAAUAUUGAUAAAAGGUCUGUUUAGAUUGAGCCUCUGAAAAGCUCUCUUUAUGGUCGAAUGUAUUCCCAGUAAACACGUUUGUUGUGACGAUUAUCCUCUCGUGUAACAAACUAAACUCAACACGUAGCCUCAUUCUGCCUCACUAAAUCUAUGACAUGGACUUGAAAAUGUAUUUAAAAAAUAAGGAGCACUUGGAUACAUUGAGAUGGUUUAAUUCAUAAUUUGUUUUAAUUCCCGGAAAUUGAAAUAUAUAUAUAUUUUUUCAUCCUGUUUUCAAAAAACUUUUUUUUAAAAUUAUGAUUCUUCUUGGGCAUGUGUACUGUACAUUAUCAGAUUGAUACAGCCUGUUUCAGGUGUCCAUGUAUACAGACAAGUUAACGCUCACGUUGGUCCUGUCUAGUGACUUUAGGCCAGAGGUAGUAUGAAUAAUUGAGUGUGUAUUUGGAGAAUUUUUUAUCCAUAUACUGAACAGCUUUUUAAGCCAUUGCAGAUAACAAUAUGAAAGUUUGUGUGCUGAUGAAAAGCUGUCAAAAAGACAAGUAAUACACUUGUUGAUGAAAAACUUCUAGCCUUAAAAAAACAACAUUAUCCUAUAUAAGUGUUGGAAAUUUCCUUUGCAGUGUUUUAGUUUCUCAGGGAGUAGAAACAAAAGUAUUAACAAGCAAACACAAUGAUAUGUUUAUGAAAUAUGUGUAUCUGCUGCUCUAAGAGCAAUAUGUUAAUUUAUUAUUUAAAAAGUAUCGAUCUUUAAUCAAUGCAGCUGGAGUGUGAUCCUGAAACUCGUUGAGAUCAAAUCUUCAAUUAAUGCUUUGUGAUUAAGAGACUAAAGUCACGUGAGUUUUACUCCUUCGAAUGCUAUGAUUAUUUAAAAAAUGUAACGGGGUAAUUUACAUUAUCUUUAACUGUCUAUGUAUCUGUAAAACUUUCAUGGAGUUUUGUGCAAUAAUGAAAUGCUGUUUUCUUGAUAUGAUGUCAAACAGGAAAGAAAAACGUUUGACGUUUUCAGGAAUGUGAAUCAAAAUCAGAUCACCAAACUACUUUUUUUUUUGUUUAAUGACAUUUUAAAAUGAUAUUAUGGCUUCACAACAACCAAAUAAAAUUAUGCGUUGUUAGGACUGCUUGACUAAUAUGCUACUUUUGUUGUUGUUGCUGUAUCCUGGCUGUGAGUGUUUGUAAUCAAAAAUCCAGUUAUGUGUGUAAAGCAUCAGUGUAACGGGAAUAUAAAGCCAUUAUCUGAUUCA